AUGGCAAACUCCCAGUCAGCACGAGUUCCCUUUCUUAACUGGGGUAAUGACUCCCCCCUGGAACAUCAAGAGCAGAGUAAGAAGAAUAUAAUGAGUGUUAAAAUCAUACGUUGGUGGCUGGGGGCUAACAUAUCUAAAGAAGAGCACUAGAUCAGGUCAGUCGACUGCUGGGCAGGUCUACAUCUUCAUCUACUGCUAUACUUGGAAAAGAUUGCCGAUUGAGCCAAGUCAUGUCCAUGACCAGCCAAUACUGGGCGGACUUUUUAAGAUCUAUCAAAGUUUAGUCAAGGCUGGUCUGCCUAGAAUAGAUCUUUAGUCUUUCAGUUAUGAGAAAGGUUUGCCCUGUAAUAUAAGAAAAUACUUGCUUUUAUUGAAUCAGCUAUACAGCCAUUGUGUUGAUUGAAACACGUAAAUAGUAAUUACGAAAGCUUGUAUGAGAAUGUAAGAUCAUUCACCAAUGGAAAAUUCCUUCAGCUGCCUAAAAAGCAUGAUUACGACCACAGUCGACGUGAAAUGACACAAUUUUCCACCAGAAGUCCUUCAAGCUCUCAUAACAACCGUCUGAACCGUACCAGUGUGCUUCUCGCCAGUGUGACGUCAAACUGCUAAUUUCUAACUAAGAGGGUUUCUAAGAGGGAGGUGGACACUAGUUAUAGAUAAAAGUUAACCGUCUCAUCCUGCCCAGUUUCGUGGUUUUGUCUUCAUAUUCUGGGGCUAUUUUUAACCAAAAUCGUCGGUGAAAGCAAUAGCAUCCAAGUGAAUUUCUCUUUAUACUUUCCUCCGGUGUAAAUUCAAAUUGUUUUUUGUUUGUUUGUUGCUAACAGAUCCUCCGCCAGGACCACUGAACUGCUCAAGUUGCGCAGCAUUUAGCGAACAAAGUUGCAUAGCGAUGCAAACUGUAGAACAAUGUCCAGCACCUUCACCAGGCCAGGAAGACUUGGUUUGCUUUACUCAGCAAGCAUCUGACUCAAAAACAAACCAAACAUUUUUCACCAGAGGAUGUAUUCUGCCGUCCCUGUGUGAUCUUGUUUGCUCUUCGUUUAAUAACAGUAGAGGGGGAGCAAUCGAGUCUUGUUCAACGGUUUGUUGCAAUACAAGGUUAUGCAAUAAUGCUGGGUCUCUUCCAACUACUCAGGCGCCAACAACAAUGGUUCCGUCAACAACUGUACAACCAACAACUCCACUUGGUGAUAAAUAAAAUAUAUAUAUAUAUAUAUAUCAUAAAAUAACAUGACAUAACAUAACAUAACAUAACAUAUAUUAUUAGCAUUCCCAUAUAUAGAAAUGGUAUUGCUUUUAAACUGUUAAGUAAUGAUCCGGGUAAGGUGGAUAGCAAUUUCUUUUGUUAUGCGGCAACGGUGCUUUCCCCACAUAGGAAUGUUCUCGUUUUUACACAGAGAAUGCAUAAACCUACAUGAUGGCCGUUUACGCAAUAAAAUGCAUCUACACUCCACUUUGAAAGGGUGUUUUUUUGUGUUAAAAGAUUUUGACCAAUCACAAGAGUUGAAAACAAUAGCCAAGAAAAGUUUAUAAUUUUACAUGUUCCCCACAUAGUAUUUCUUUGUUAUUCAAACUGAGACCAGAUUUUGUUAUAUGGAAGAUGGUUGGAAAGUAAGGAUGAAUAUAUGUACUGCUUUAUGAAGUUUUGUUAACUUUUGCUGUUUAAGCCAAUCAGAAGUAAGGACAGGCAAUAGAAAAGUUAGCACCUUUUUUGCAUUCCAACAUGUUCGUCGCCGUUGUUGCUAUCGUUCUUAUCUGGACCGUUUCUUAAUUACCAUUACAAUUUUAAUAAUGUUUAAAUUAACCAAAUAAAUAGAGAGUAUCAAUUAAAUGUAAUAAUUAGUUAUCUCUAUUUCCCAUGCUUCUGUUUCAUGAAAUACGUUUCCCUAAGUUCAAAUGCUUCAUAGACAGAGUAGCUUCGUUUUUACAAACAUAUGGAUCAAUAUUAUUAAAAAGAAAUAUAACUUUUUCUGAUUCGUUGAAAUCUACGAAUUUGGAGUACCUGGUUUCUACGUCUUGAAAAAAGUGUUUUCUUAAAUUGCUAUAUAAAUUGCAUUCCAGUAGAAAAUGAAUUUCAUUUUCUACUUUAUUCGACGAGCAAAAACUGGCAAAUUCUAAGAUUCUCGAUCAGAAAUUUUAGGAACAUGAUAUCUAUCAGUCUCAAUUCUCAACUUUUGGUUACUUAAUCGUAACUUUGCUACUUCCUGGCGGCGUUUUAUAAUAUUCUAAUCCACUAACAUCAGUCUUAAAAGUAGACAAGGAAUUCAAUUUUUUGUAAGAUCGCAACAAAUUAUCAAAUUACAUCAAAUCAUAAUCAAUAAAGUGGUAAUUAGAAACUAUAGCAAAAUUUCUUAUUGCCCAGCAAUUCUAAAAAACACACUCAUAAUCUCUUAGCAUCUUUGAUGAUCACACUACCAUUUUCACUCCGCCAGAUUUUCAAUGUUUUCUACAAUAUUUGAGCAAAUUUAAUGGUUCUAUAUCAGUGCAGAGGUAAUCCAAACCACGACAAAUGUAAGGCAGAGUAAACGGAACUUGGAAGGUGUGAAAAGUCUCCUUUGACUUUGAAGGGUUCUGUGAUACCUUGAGCCAUCAAAGUCGCAAAUAGAGACAGUUUCUGGCUCAAAAAAAAAAAGACAAAGCCACUUUACUUCCCCCCCACCCCCCUAGUUUUCCUGUCUGUUGUGAAAGGUAAGAAGUAAUAAGGUGUAUUAUUUUCCUUUUCCAGCAUGUGGUGGUCAACUGACGGGUAAAUCUGGAACUUUUAAGUCUCCUAAUUUUCCUAAUAACUACCCUAAUAAUGUAACCUGCGUUUGGACGAUUAUUCCACCAAACAGAACAGUGCUCUCUAUUGCAUUCUUCCAACUUGGGUGGUAAGUCAAGCCAUAUAACAUAACUAACUAACAACAAACUAACUAAUUAACUAACUAAAUAAAUAAUUAAAUACCUUCCGCUUCCAUAUUUAUAUCUGAGACGGAUAGUAGCCCCGUCCGUCGUGCCCAUUAUUGAAUAAACUGAGACGAACUACGAAAGGAAAAAAAAUGUUGAUUUAAAUGAAAGAAGACCGCUGGAUUCAGUUCUGUGGCUUUAUUAGUCCAAUGUCGAAAUAUCCAAGACGAAAUAAACCGUUUCAAACAAGCUUCAAUUCCGUUUUACCCAUCAACGCUCGCAAACCAAAGUGAAAAGGAUUUUCUAUUAUCGAUGUCCCGAAUUUUGCAUCUUUAUUUGUUACUUAAUAUAUGAACAAAGGAGUUUUUACUCCUUGUAUUUGUGUUUCUAGCGGAGAUUUUGUAGAAAUCUUUGUGGGUGGCCGGCUUGAGAGGCGUUUGACAGGAAGGAUGUUAAGGAUGAAGUGUUCCCGCUUCGGCGACGAGGGCGAACAGCUUUCCAACGAUGAAGAUCUUAACGACCUCAUAAGUGGUAUCGACGGGUAUGACGAUAUUGGUGAUGAUAACAGAGACUACGAUGAUGAGGAUACUGACAGGAAUAUCGAUGAUGAGCAGUCUGAAGUUUAUAACCAAGAUGACACUGAUGCUAAUGACAAUGAUGACAAUAACGACGUAUAUAAUGAGAACGACGUUGAAGAUGAAGAAAAUGAUCAACUGGAAAAUGGCGAGUAUCUAGCGGACGCAAAUCCCUGGAGUGGCAGGAAGUGGAGGAGAAUGCGUGGGAGCCGGAGGAGACUGCGCAGGCUCAGAAGGAGGCUGCAAGUUUUGCGUAUAAGAGGAGGCCAGGAAGUAAGAAUUGUUUUCAGUUCCAAUGGCAAUGGAACCAUGCGUGGGUUCAAAGCUUCCUAUGUGGUUCGACGUAAGUGA